AUGCCCCCAGAAGCCUCUACUCCUCCUUCCGAUGCUUCAUCGUACUCCUCAUCUGCGAGUAGUGGUAGCAGCGGUGCUGGCAGCAGCAGCAGCAGCUCAUCUUCCGAGGAAGGCGAGGACAGUCAUGACGUGGCCCCUCGUGCGUUGUCGCGAAACGUGAAUUCUUCUGCGCCCUCCAAUAUUUCCACGCCGGGGACAGACAUUCGUCGAGUGCAGAUGAACCCUGGUCUGCAGUUUGAGAAGCCUGACAGCAGCUGGAUUGAGACGCCGCCCAGCGCUAGCUAUUCACUGCGUGGUGUUGUGGCGAACUAUGACGUCUAUCCAGAGGGGCGCUACCGUCUUAUUGAUUAUUUCCGUACAGCCAUGGAAAUGUUUCUCACACAGGUACGUCAGGAGUACAAGCAGCAGUAUAAUCAAGCUCAGAAGAACGGCAGAACGAUGACUCGGUUUACUUGGCGAAACAAGGGUGAGUUGGCCAUUUGUUUCGCGGUGUGCUGCGACAUGCUCAAGCUGAUGUAUGACCGCUUUCGCCCUGGGCCUGAGAGACCUACCUGGGAGGACGUUGUCGACCAGUUCAUUCGGCUUUUAAUGAACGAAUCGAGGAUACCAUCGACCAUUCUGACGCAGCAAACCUACAAUACAAAGUUUUUAGAUUGGCGAAAAGGGGGAACUCGAUAUCAAGGCGAACAACUGGCCUCCAAUGUGCGUUUCCCAUCUGCAGAAGAGCGCCGCGUGAAGAUUGAGACUUACCUCCGGUCAGGGGUGGGUUAUGCCAUCGAAUCAACAGCGGUGGAGGUGCCAGCGUUGAUGCGGUCGGUCACCGCAGCAGUUGUUGAAGAGUCGGCUAACUCUCAGAACACACGGAGCGGCGGCUCUGCUGUUGCCGCUGUUACUUCUGGCCACCCAAUUUCCCGAUUCACGGGCUUUCCACGCGGACAGGCCCCGGUGAAGAUGCCGGCGAAGACGCACAUGAAAGCACCCCCGCCUCUUGUUGCUGGAAAACAGGCUGUUGACAAGUAUCGACACCUGCAGUGGCUUGCGAGGCUGGAGCAGAUAACUGGUGUGUCUCGGAGUCUUGAGUUCCCUGAAGAGCGCUCUCACAUGAUUUUGGCGUUUGUCCGUUUUUGCGAGACGUCAGAGAUGCCUGAUCACUUUGUGACUAUCAUGAACAUCUUGGUCAGGUCCGUGGAAAAGAUCCAAGAUGGGUUUGAGCGAGGCGGAGGCAUGGUGGUGCUCCGUCGUUUCGUCGACACACUGGUGCGACUGAAGGAUACAGAGGGCUUGACAAAUCUUCUCGAACAAAUCCUGCAGAUGAAGCUUUCUGUCUGGAGUAACAGUAGCAGACAAUCCUGGCUGCGAGAUAUGCUUGGCAUCAGCGGAAAUGAUUUGACUUGGCUGCGAACGCUUGAUAUCAUCCCAGUGGAAAAGGGAAAUGCCUGGGUGGCCCUUGUGACAGCGUUGGAGCAGAGGUACAUUCUCGCUGAGCCGCGAGAAGAUGACACACGUCGUGUGACGAAGCGGGCACGACUGGAUGCAGACGAAGUGAUGCGCCUUUCACGGUCUGAUAAUGUUGGUGUUUCCAUGCAAAUACCAAGCAUCACCACUUCUCUUUGUGUGUCGUUGCCAGGUGAGUUCCGUGCACCACCACUGUCGUCAACUAUAGAGCAAGAUACUAUCUCUUUUUUAAACAAGAAGCUGCGGUUCUGCGAGGAGGCGCAGGCUUCGUGGCGUGAGGCCAUCCUCGGGGCGCUCAACGGCCGUUGCCCGGGACUGCCGAUCCCACUGUGGUACGACACGUACCAAUUGCUCGGUGUGGACCCUCUGUAA